AUGGAGGCAGAAAUAAGAGCCCAAAUUCCAUCGAUCGAUCAUGUGAUAUCAGACUACGCCGUGGGAUACCUCACCCAUGCCUCCAGAGCAUAUACCGGAGAUGAAGAACAUGGCGGCUUCUCUCCGCUGUCCGAGGCUGCCGAGACGGUGUCUGCCUUGCUCGUCUCUGCCUCAGGGGACUUCAGCAGCCAGAACGAAGAGGCUGUCCGCAACCUGGUGGAAAAGUUCAUCACGACCCUGAGCGCUGUCGAUCCAGAGAAGAGGCAGAUGGCCUCGACUGCUGCUAAGAAGCUCGACCAGACCAUCCAUGUCGGGUCGCAGCGCAACAUCUCCUCCACGCUGGGCCUGUCAGGUGUCACCGUCGACCUCGAGUCGGCCAAUACCCGCAAAGUAGAGUCCCGCGUCGACAAGAAGAAGCUCGAAAAGGCCGAGCGCAAGAUCAGAGACAAGCAAGACCGCAAGAUCAUGAAGAACGUCGAGUAUGAAGCUUCCAAGCUCAUCACCCAGGCCAACGAUGCCCAGUCCUACGAGGAGUUCUUCAUGGCCGUCAACCCCUUGCAGCUGGGUGCCGACUCCCAGACCAAGAGUAAGGACAUCAAGGUCGAUGGUGUCGACGUCUCCAUCGGCGGCAAACGCAUUCUCACUGAUACCACACUCUCUCUUUCAUUCGGCCGGCGUUACGGCAUGGUCGGCCAGAACGGUAUCGGAAAGUCUACCCUCUUGCGUGCCCUGAGUAGGAGAGAGGUUGCCAUUCCCACACACAUUUCCAUUCUCCACGUCGAGCAAGAGAUUACUGGUGAUGAUACCCCGGCCCUACAAGCAGUUCUCGAUGCAGACGUCUGGCGCAAACGUCUCCUAGCUGACCAGGAGAAAAUAUCAUCUCAACUGGCCGCCAUCGAAGCAGAGCGGUCUACCAUGGCAGAUACCUCCAAGGAUGCCAUACGGCUUGACCAGGAACGAGAGGGCCUGGAUAUCACUCUCUCUGAUAUCCACGCCAAACUAGCAGAGAUGGAGUCUGACAAGGCUGAGCCUCGUGCCGCUAGCAUCCUGGCCGGUCUCGGGUUCUCCCCUGAACGCCAGCAGUACGCUACCAAGACUUUCUCCGGUGGUUGGCGAAUGCGACUUGCCCUUGCUCGAGCUCUCUUCUGUGAGCCUGACCUUCUCCUCCUCGACGAACCGUCUAACAUGUUGGAUGUGCCGUCCAUUACCUUCCUCUCCAACUAUCUCCAGUCUUACCCCAGCACCGUCCUGGUCGUUUCUCACGACAGGGCCUUCCUUAAUGAAGUCGCUACGGAUAUCAUCCACCAGCACUCAGAAAGACUGGACUACUACAAGGGUGCUAAUUUCGACUCCUUCUACGCUACCAAGGAAGAACGAAAGAAGAAUGCCAAGCGCGAAUAUGAAAACCAAAUGGCCCAAAGAGCCCAUCUACAAGCGUUCAUCGACAAAUUCAGAUACAAUGCCUCCAAGGCUGCUGAAGCGCAGUCUAGAAUCAAGAAGCUGGAAAAGAUGCCGGUUCUUGAGCCCCCGGAGAGCGAGUAUACCGUUCAAUUCAAGUUCCCCGAUGUCGAGAAGCUUUCUCCUCCAAUCAUCCAGAUGACGGAUGUCACGUUCGGCUAUACCAAGGAUAACAACCUACUUCGCAAUGUCGACCUAGACGUCCAGCUGGAUUCACGAAUUGGCAUUGUUGGUCCUAACGGUGCUGGUAAAACCACGGUCUUGAAGCUGCUUACCGGCCAGCUACAGCCUUCCAGUGGACUGAUCUCCCAACACCCAAGGCUCCGCAUUGGUUUCUUUGCCCAACAUCACGUUGAUGCCCUAGACAUGACCACCUCUGCUGUGGGGUUCAUGGCUAAAAAGUACCCCGGAAAGACCGAGGAAGAGUACCGACGACAUCUCGGAGCAUUCGGCAUUACUGGCAUGACCGGUCUUCAGAAACUUGAACUUCUUUCUGGAGGUCAAAAGUCCCGUGUUGCAUUUGCCUGCAUAUCCCUGACAAACCCACACAUCCUCGUCCUCGACGAACCGUCCAAUCAUCUCGAUAUCGAGGCCAUGGACGCUCUGACCGACGCUCUCAACAAUUUCCAGGGUGGUGUUCUGAUCGUCUCCCACGACGUUACAAUGGUACAAAAUGUCUGCACCAGUCUGUGGGUCUGCGACAAGGGAACCGUAGAGAAAUUCCCUGGAGACGUCAAUGCGUACAAGAAGAGAAUCAUUGCCCAGGCUGACGCAGCUGGUGUCGCUAAGGCUCAUUAA